GGGAGGACGCGCGGCGCGCCCGGCGGACGCCGCAGGUCCCAUGCCGCGCCGCGACCCCCGCGCCCCUGCCGCCCGCGCCCGCGGCCGCCCCCCGCCCGCCGCUCCGGGCUCGCCGCGCCGCGCCCGCGCGUCCCUCGCCGGGCCACCAAGCGAUGCCCGCUGGGCACCCGCGAAAGUUUGUGGGCUCCCGCUGAAGGGCAGCGGCGCCCCCGCGCCCCCGCGCCCCGCUCCGGCCAGGAGCCUUCACGUAAAUGGGUCCAGUCAUGCCUCCCAGUAAGAAGCCAGAAAGCUCAGGAAUCAGUGUCUCCAGUGGACUGAGUCAGUGUUACCGGGGCAGCGGUUUCUCCAAGGCCCUUCAGGAAGACGAUGACCUCGACUUUUCUCUGCCUGACAUCAGAUUAGAAGAGGGGGCCAUGGAAGAUGAAGAGCUGACCAACCUGAACUGGCUGCACGAGAGCAAGAACUUGCUGAAGAGCUUUGGGGAGUCGGUCCUCAGGAGUGUCAGCCCCGUCCAGGACCUGGACGAUGACACCCCCCCGUCCCCUGCCCACUCUGACAUGCCCUAUGAUGCCAGGCAGAACCCCAACUGCAAACCCCCAUACUCCUUUAGCUGCCUCAUAUUUAUGGCCAUCGAGGACUCUCCAAGCAAGCGUCUGCCAGUAAAGGAUAUCUACAACUGGAUCUUGGAACAUUUUCCGUAUUUUGCAAAUGCACCUACUGGGUGGAAAAACUCAGUGAGACAUAAUUUGUCAUUGAAUAAGUGUUUUAAGAAAGUGGACAAAGAGAGGAGUCAGAGUAUUGGAAAAGGGUCGUUGUGGUGCAUAGACCCAGAGUAUAGACAAAAUCUAAUUCAGGCUUUGAAAAAGACACCUUAUCACCCGCACCCACACGCGUCCAGUACACCGCCCAUCUCUCCUCAGGCAUAUCAAAGCACAUCAGGUCCACCCAUCUGGCCGGGCAGUACCUUCUUCAAGAGAAACGGAGCCCUUCUCCAAGAUCCUGACAUUGAUGCUGCCAGUGCCAUGAUGCUUUUGAAUACUCCCCCUGAGAUACAAGCAGGUUUUCCUCCAGGAGUGAUACAGAACGGAGCGCGGGUUCUGAGCCGAGGCCUGUUUCCUGGCGUGCGGCCGCUGCCCAUCACGCCCAUCGGGAUGACGGCCGCCAUGAGGAAUGGCAUCACCAGCUGCCGCAUGCGGACUGAAAGCGAGCCGUCCUGUGGCUCCCCGGUGGUCAGCGGAGACCCCAAGGAGGAUCACAACUAUAGCAGUGCCAAGUCCUCCAACGCCCGGAGCACCUCCCCCGCCAGCGACUCCGUGUCCUCCUCCUCCUCCUCGGCCGACGACCACUACGAGUUUGCCGCGAAGGGGAGCCAGGAGGGCAGCGAGGGCAGCGAGGGCAGCUUCCAGAGCCACGGGAGCCACAGCGAGACGGAAGAGGACGACAGGAAACACAGCCAGAAGGAGCCCAAGGAUGCGCUGGGGGACAGCGGGUACGCAUCCCAGCACAAGAAGCGCCAGCACUUCGCCAAGGCCAGGAAGGUCCCCAGCGACACCCUGCCCCUCAAAAAGAGAUGCACCGAGAAGCCCCCCGAGAGCGACGACGAGGAGAUGAAAGAAGCGGCCGGGUCACUCCUGCACUUGGCGGGGAUCCGGUCCUGUUUGAAUAACAUCACCAAUCGGACGGCAAAGGGGCAGAAAGAGCAAAAGGAAACCACAAAAAAUUAAAAACAAGUCACUGAUUUGUUUUGAACUUACGGCCAUUUGGUUUCAGCAUGUCAGGAGAUUUCUAAUGAUUUGUGGCAAUAUCAGCAAUUUUUUUUUCCUUUUUCUUUUUUUUUUUUUUUCUUUUUUUUGGUUUGGUUUUCUUUCUUUUCUUUUCUUUUCCUUUUUUUUUUUUAAUUUGCCCCCCUCUCCUUUGUUUUGGACCCUUAAGAAUUUUAUUUUUAAAGGAGAUUGAAGCCAUAGAACUCAUAUUGACACUCAGCUGUUUUACAAAAGCUUUUCAUUAUCCGAAGACAUAACUGAAAAAGCCAAAAUUACCAUUGCUUCCUCCAGCUUGUCAGAGAACAUGUGGCUGAACCCACAGAUGUCAACGUUAAUAAUGCCACAGGAACACACAUUCGGCACCUAGAAGGCACGUGUGCAAAAUCCUCAUCGUUCAGGUCCGACCCUUAGGUUUACAAAGUCAGGAUGUCCAUCCAGUGGGGUUCACUGAGUGAAGGAAGGCACAGAAAGCGAUUGGGGAGAAGGAAGAACUCCUCGUCCCCCUAGGAGCAGACCCAAGUUUGUGGCACCAGAGGUCCAGUCGUGCCAGCAGAGCCCUUGGCAUUGUCACGCAGCGGGCACAGGGGCCGGCCACCGGUCCUCUGUGCUUCUUAGCCCUGAAGCCUGGUAUCGUCUUAGGAGGUGGACACUGGAUCAUUCGCAUGCAUCAGGUGUCAGUGACUAAUGAGAAGAAAUGGGGUAAAUUUUUAGUGGUGUUGCUAAUCAUUGAAUUCUGUUCGAUAUUAAAUUAACAAAAUGUUCCAAAAGCCAUAAGCCUGAAGGUUGGCCCUGUGCACUCACACACACGCGCACACACACGUACACACACACACAAACACAAAGGACAGUAAGAGAAAACUGAUGCAGAAAACAAGCUAUGUCUUCUUAACUGCCCACGUGAAAAGCGACCAAGUCCAGGAAAUUACAGUAGCUGUUAAGGAAGGAAAUAAUGGUACCGAUCUUUUUCUGUCUGUCAAAACUAUUUGAUCCAAGUGAAAAAAAAAAAAAAACAGAAAGCUAUGGAACCUGCCAUUAGUAUUGUGGUGUAUUUUUAAAAGAUUAAAGGCACAUUGAUGG